AUGUUACUCCAAGAUGGUAGUACAACUCAGUUAAUAGGUGGAUCAGCACCAAUGUAUACACAUCCUCCUUCUCCACCUAUAAUCGGUAUUCCUAGUAUAGAUCAUGCUCAGAAUUUAUCAUUCGGUAAUAAUCUUCCUCCACAAAUCGUUCAUAUGCCAAACAAUCAAGAAGUAACAUAUAAACAAAAUAUUAUAAUACGAUGGUUAAAACCACCAACACCUCCACCACCAGCACCAAUUAUAAUUCGAGAAAUUCAAUGUCAACCUGAAGUUCAACCACCAAUUAUUUGUCGUCAAGUACCUCCAUGUCCACCAACACCACCACCAAUUAUUGUCAGAGAGCAACCACCACCUUGUCCAUCACCUGGACAACCUAUAGUUAUUGAAAAUUGUGAACCACCUCCUUGUUUACCACGUCAAGUUAUUUUUGAACAAUGUCCACCUCCUCAACCAAAACCACAAACAAUAAUCUACGAAAAAUUUAUGCCGCAACCACAACCACAACCACAGCAAAUAAUAGUAAAACGUGAAAUUUGUCCACCACCAUCAGUAUGUACUACAUCACAACAAAGAGUUCCAUGUCAACGUGUAGUUCGAGAAAUAGUUCGACAAGUUCCACAACCAUGUACACCAGCUCAACCAGCUCUAGUUUGUACUUCACAACAAAGACAACAAAUUACUCCAGGACAAUCACAAGUUGUUCAACAAUUAGUACCCGUUUUUGCUACAAGACAACAUAUUGUUCAACCAAAAGGUGCAUUUGAUCGUUUUGUGUACAUUCAUGGUCAUACAUCAUCGAGUUCAUCAUGGACAAAAUGGUGUCGUCGUAUAUCAACAAAAUCUGGUUCAAUAAUAUUGUUAAUAUUACCAAUAAUAUGUAGUUUACCAAUAGCUAUAUGUAAUUCUCUUCAUGCACAUGUAUUACAUACAUCAUUAACAAAUAAAAUUUGUAUUGUACAAUAUACACAUGGAAUAUUAAUUGCUUUAUUAAUAUCAUUUUAUUUAUUACCAUUAGUAUUUUCAUUUUUUCUUCAUGGAAAAUUAAUUUAUUUUAUUCGUACAAGACAUAAUCAAUAUUAUUUAACAAAAACAGCAUAUUUAUUACCUAUGAAACGUAAUAAUACAAUAGAAACUCGUUUAAAACAACGUUCAAAUGAAGAUAAUAUUAAUUAUAAUCCUGAUUUUUUAUUACGACCAACAAAUUCAUAUAAUCGACGUCUUGUUACAAUAAAUACAGAAACAAUGGGUCCAAUAACAACAACAACAACAGCAAUAGCAGCUGCACAAUUAGCACGAUUAAAUCAAAAUAUAAAUAAUUCAUCAAAUUCAUCUCAAUCAAGUCGAUCAUCAGCAGCAACAGGUUCAACAACAAUAACACCACCAAUUGUUCUUUAUAAAAUAAAUUCUCAAGCAAAUGCAAAUGCAAAUCGUACUGUUUUAUUACUUGUUCUUUUAUUAUCAUUUUAUGUUUUUUGUUGGGCACCAUAUAGUAUAUAUACAUGGCAUCAUGCAUAUAAAUUAACACAAUCAUCAACAUUAAAUUCUAAAGAAAAUAAUUUAACAUUAUCAUUUGAUUUUAAUCAAACAAUAUCAACAUUAUUAACAAAUAAUCUUAAUUCUGAUUUACGUCGAAUUAUAUUUAUUAAUUAUUCAUUAUAUCUUUUAUCAAUGAUAUCAAUGUGUUUUAGUUUUAUAUUUUAUUUCUUACUUAAUAAACAAGCACGACGAGAAUUUGCACAUUUUAUGAGAUGUUUUUGUCCAUGGAUAAUUCAUAUACCAAAUAAAGAACAAAGACAACAAUUUCUAAGACAAGAACAAACAAGAUCAAGACAAUUAAAAUAUAGAAAACGAAUUCAAAAUCAAUAUCCUUAUAAAACUGAACGAAUAAAAAUAUCUCAACCAUCAUUAAUUAAUGAUCGAUAUAAUCAUAUAAAACGUGUGAAUUCUCCUCAAAAUGUAACACCAAAACGAACAGUACUUAAUUAUGGUUGUCAAAUUCAAUGUUGUCCAUAA